AUGGGUGGUGUGAUCAGCUCCUGUGCGGACAACUCUGCUCUGGUUGGGUGCCCCACCGGCCGGGCGAGUCACAGCUUUCCCUUGCGGGUGUCCGUGGAGGCUGCGCGCGCCGCGGCCGCCGCAGCCAUGGGCAGUGCGAUGCCUGCACUGGUCGUGGGAUACUCCACAGCACUCACCAAAGAGGCGGGCGCGGCCUCCAUCAGGCUGCAGCUCAAGCCUGGGCCCAAAGCAUCGUACCGCUCUAAUUUGAGCUCGGCAGCGGCCAGCUGCGCCACCAUCUCGCUGCGCGCAGAAGGGCGGCUUGGCUUCCUCGCUGGAAUCGCAUCCGUCAUUCGAAAGGAGGAUGGUCUCUUUCUCGAAGUGGUCGUUUUUGGCCGUCCGAAUGAGCUCCUGCAAGAACUGAUGCCCUUGGACGAGUCUGUCCUGGAAUCGUUGUAUCGGCUGGGCGCCAUCGUAGACGUUCGCUUUUUGCGGUCUCUGCCCUGGGAAACAGCGGAACUCCAGGAGGAGGAACUUCGUACGGCGGACGUGCCACCCAACCGUGCCAGGGCCUUGGACCCUGCCGAGGCCGCGUCCGAGGCGGCACCUACACGCUCCGCCAAAGCGGAGUGGCUGGUUGAACGCCUGCUGUCCCUGGCAUCGACCUUGGAGUCCCAGUUUGGCACAUCCCGACAUGAUUCUGAAGCCACCUACGAGGGAUGCGAGCUGGACAGUGAGGGGGUCGUUUCAUGGCUCCGUGAAGCAGGGCUUCAGAUUACGGGGAACAUGUUCAUCGAAACGCGCUGA